AUGAAUUAAAGGAUUAGAAAUCAAACCUAAUCUUAAAAAAGUGAUGCAAUUUUUGAAACUGACAUUGAUUCAUAACUUAAACGAUUGAGGCUUAGAAAUUCAAAAUAUGUCUCUGCAGUUAAUGGAAUAGGAUUCUAAGAUCUUCUUACUAAAAUCUCUGAAAAUAUUCCUCAAUCUGUACAUGAAGAAUAUUAAGAAACAAAAAAGGAAGUUCUAAAAUUAUAAUCAAUUGUAUUCUACAUGAAAAUAUGGGUAUUUUUCCGUUAUCAUUAAUUAUACCUAACGAAGAGAAUUUUUUUGUUUAUUGAAUUAAAUAUCAGAACUUCUUAAUCUUAAAAAUUUGUACUUUCAUCUAAUCUUUUUUAUAAAAUUUAUUGUGCAAAUACUACAAGAUCUACCUUGAGAUUUUCUAAUGUUAUUGUUCAAUUAAUUGAUUUAUUAGGAGCAUUUAGGGAAGUAAAUUUAGAACUUGUUUAGGAAAUUGUAAAAUAAGAUAGAGGUUUAAUCAUAGUUUUAUAUAAUGGAAUAUAUUGA